ACUCUGUGAAGAAGGUAGCAUUGAAUCUUGCUGUUUCGAAGGUGAGGACAUUGAAGCUCAAAGAGAUUAAUUAAUUCAGCCAUAGCCACACAGCUUGUAAGGGAUGGAGACAGGAUUUGAACCCAAACUGUCUGACUCCAGAGCAUAAACCCUGAGCUAUUCUAGAGUGAUUGAGAAUGAGUCUGGGGCUGAGCAGAACCAGGAGGCACAUACUUGCCUGGGGCUUGUUCCUGACCCUCUUGUGUCCUGAGUGGCAGGCAGACGCAGUUGCUGUUAGAGAGCCUCCCUACUGCGUUGUAAAAUCCACCUCCCAAGGCUUUCUAAGCAUCAGAGGAGCCUCAAGGGAGGUAUGAACUUUCUCAAAGAGAAAUUGUCCCAUCUCUAUUGAUUAAGCAGAAAAAAUCCUGGGAAAAACUGAGAGUUCUUAGGAGUCUGAAUGGGAGGAGGGGGCUUUAGUAAGCACCUGAGUUUGCUUGGAGACUUUUGCUUCUGGAGCACUUUGUCCUAAAGCUGAAUCUGAUGAUGAAGGAGGCAGCCAGUAAAGGGCAGCAGAGAGGCAGCCAGCAAAGGGUGCCUGGGGCAAGAUUUCCCGACAAUGGAGAUGCUGCUUGGAGCAUGGCUGUGCUGGGCCUGCCUCCUGCUCCUGGCCAGGCUCGCCCAGCCCUGCCCUGUGGGGUGUGACUGCUUCAUUCAAGAGGUGUUCUGCUCCGAUGAGGAGCUGGCCACCAUCCCGCUGGACAUCCCACCACACGCCACAGACAUUGUCUUUGUAGAGACCUCGUUCACCACAGUGGAAACCAGGGCCUUGGGAGGUAGCCCCAACCUGACCAAGGUGGUUUUCCUCAACACCCAGCUCCGCCACUUGGGGCCGGAUGCCUUCGGGGGUCUGCCCAGGCUUGGGGACCUGGAGAUCACCGGCAGUGCCCUUUCCAACCUCAGUGCUGACCCUUUCUCCAACCUGAUCUCACUGGGCAAGUUCACCCUCAACUUUAACUCACUGGAGGUGCUGCCCGAGGACCUCUUCCAGCACAUGGAUGCCCUUGAGUCCCUCCAGCUGCAGGGCAAUCAGCUCCAGACCCUGCCCAGUAGGCUCUUCCAGCCUCUGAAGCAUCUGGAGACACUCAACCUUGCUCAGAACCUCCUGGCCCAGCUGCCCGAGGAGCUGUUUGAGCCCCUCAGCAGCCUGCAGACACUGAGGCUGAGCAACAAUGCACUCUCCAGCCUGCCCCAGGGCGUGUUUGGCAAACUGGGCAGCCUGCAGGAACUCUUCCUGGAUGGCAACACGAUCUCGGCACUGUCCCCAGAAGUGUUCUCACAGCUCCUCUGCCUGGAGAAGCUGUGGCUGCAGCGCAACGCCAUCAGGCACCUGCACCCCUCCAUCUUCUCCUCCCUGGGCAGUCUGACCUUCCUGAACUUGCAGGGGAAUGAACUGCGGGCGCUGCCUGCCGGCCUCUUUGCCCACACCCCCGGCCUGGUCGGCCUGUCUCUGUCCCACAACCAGCUGGAGGUUGUCACUGAGGGAGUAUUUUCCAACCUGUCCAGCCUUAGCUCGCUUAUGCUUUCACACAAUGCCAUCACCCAUCUCCCGGCAGGUGCCUUCAGGGGCCUUGGGGGGCUGGUCAAGCUCUACCUGGGCAGCAACAAUCUGACAGCCUUACACCCAGACCUCUUCCAGAACCUCUCCAAGCUUGAGCUGCUCAGUCUCUCCAGGAACCUCCUGACCACGCUCCCAGAGGGCAUCUUUGACACCAAUUACAACCUGUUCAACCUUGGCCUGUACGGCAACCCCUGGCAGUGUGACUGCCACCUGGCCUACCUCUUCAGCUGGCUGCACCAGUAUAGUGACCGGCUCUUCAACAUCCAGACCUAUUGUGCAGGCCCUGCCUACCUGAAGGGCCAGGUAGUGCCCGCCUUGAAGGAGGAACAACUGGUGUGUCCGGUCACUCAGGACCGCUUGGGCUUCCAGGCCCCGGGACUGGAGGACAGGGAGCCAGGAGGCAGCUGGGAUCUGGCUGUGGAGGAAAGGGCAGCCUGGAAGCGGUGCACCUACAGCAACCCUGAGGGCACUGUGGUGCUCGCUUGUGACGAGGCCUGGUGUCGCUGGCUGAAUGUCCAGCUAUCCCCUAGACAGGGCUCGGGCUCCCUGGGACUGACAUACAAUGCCAGUCAGGAGUGGGACUUGAAGUCGAGCUGUGGCUCUGUGAGAGUCACUGUGUCUAUUGAGACUCGGGCAGGGCACCCUUAGGUGCAGGGCAUUUGGAGCCUGGAGCUUGGGUAGACUGCCUCUGGGCCUGACCAGGGGAGAGGUCAGGGCUGAGGAGGAGCGGAAGCUUUGAAGAUCUAAAGCAAGGGAUGGGGUUACAUCUCCAAGAUGCAGGAGGUGGGGGUGGCCGGUUCCACCACCCAGCCUCUUCCUCCUUCUUUUCCUUCAUUAUCCCCGUCUCAGAGUCUGAGACCAACAAGGCUUUCCUUAAGCUGUGCAAAGCAUCCGUUAAAGCUACGUCAUGGUCUGGAGAAUAAAAUAACACUGCUACCCCGGUGCUCCUUUAUGAUUUAAUACCCACUCCACUCCCAUCUCCACCCUGAUAUUCUAGCCCUGAAGUACUACUGCACCACUAUUCCAGUUCUUCAGGACGGAGGCUUACCCUCUUUUGACAUCUAGUUCUAAAGCCAGAUGUCUGUUUUUAUGUCUCUCCUUGGAAAUUUGUUUUUAAUUGGCAUAGUGGGAAAAAAAGGAGACUGCAGAAGCAGAGGUGACCAGAAAGACUGGGGGCAGUGGUCUGACUUUGGCAUGUGGGGAACUCGUGUCACUAGCGACCACUUCGAGUGCUGGGGCCGGGAGAAACGGCAAUGAAACGGUGCCUCGGGAAGCUGAAGACCAGAGGUUCAGCUUUCACAACACCAGUCCCCCAGAGCAGGGGCUGUGGCUCACCUGUUCAGCUGACAAGAUGGCUCUUCACGAGGAGGAGAAGCUCUGAGGAGACGGGUGGGGAGGGACCAGGAGCUGGUGGGCUGGAAUGGACGCUCUGGUCUAAGCUUUUUCACCACAUCUGCCUCUGCGGGCUGCUCGCUCACUGAGAUGGCUCUCCUUCGGUUCUCAGGACUCCUCGCGCUUACCCAGCCCUGGCUGAAGCUUCAGUUCCCCAGCCACCUCCUCCAUGCUGGGCUGCUCAGAGUUCCCUGCCUUUAGGCCCUUGGGCAGUCUCGUGCUUCCCCGGGCCAGAUGCCACGUCUACACUGAUGACCCUCUCUCCUCCUGGGGCUCGGGUGGUUUGGGCCUGAUGCUGACACGUCUGCCUGCUCAGUACCAUCGCAGCCAGAAACACGUCUAAACCAGACUCUGCUCCCAACUCCUCCUGGAUCCCAUCCAGCACCUGCCGAGCCCAGGAGCUGGGUGUCUGCUCCAGUCUCUUCUCCCCCUUAAUCCUCAUAGCCAACUAGUCAGCAAAUGCCUCUCUCUGCUUCCCCUUUCCCAUUCCCAGCCCAGGGCAGUUCUUUGUCUCCCUGGGCCCAGCCAUGGUGCUGCCUCCUACCUGGUUGCCCUGCUGGCAGUGUGGACUGGCCUGGGUGAAGCUGGGUGGGGAAGGAGAAGUGAAUUAGAUGUACUGUGGGCCCUUCUGGAACUCACUCAUGGUCUGGUGGGAGAGAUAAGACAAGGCACAUGGAACAAAAAAACACAGUGCAAAGGGGUGGGCGCCAGGCAAGCACUGGGGCAUCCAGGGAGGUGGAGCCUUAGACUAGCACAGACCUCAGGGAAAGGCUGCAUUUGAUCCCGGGCCUUGAGGGGGGCAAAGGGCAGCAUAGGGAGGAUAUGAGAAAUGUGUGCCAGAAGGAUGUGAGCAAGGGGUGGAGAUCAGCCAGUGGGCGAGGUCAGCACCAUGGGCCUCUGGAGCAGGCACUGGCUGGGCAGAGAGGAGAGGGAGGAGAUCUGGCCAGAAAGCCAGCUGGACCCAGCUGGCCUAGGGCCUUGAAGGGCAGAGUGAAAAGCCUGCAUAUUCAUUAACGUUGUUAGGCAGUUAUUGAAAGAGUGUAUGCAGAAGAGGGCCAUGUUCCUACUUCCGGUUUAGAGAGUUGGCUGCAUGAAGUUUGAGGAGAACCAGAGGCAGACGAAACAGUAAGGACUCUUGCCUACUUGAGAUGACAGCCUGGGGGCCAGGGAUGCUAUGGAAAUAGAAUGAAAAGGUUUCAGCAACUGAGUAACACAUGCACAGAUGGAUUAACAGGCCGAAAUAUAGAUUGUAGAAAUGAAAAUUCAAAUAAUAUAGGUAUCACUUUGUACCUACUAAUCCCACAGAAAUUAGAUAGCUGGAUCAUGCCCAGUGUGGCCCAGGAUGUAGGCAUAGGGGACCUCAGACAGCACCAGUGGGUGCAGACACUCUGAGCACACCACAGCAGGUCUGAGGCCAAGAAAGGGUUUGGUGAGGGGGCAGAAGUCCGCUGUCGGUGGGGCGGGGGGCUGGGAUUUGAGGGAGAAGGAGAAGCCUGGAGGGACUCUCAGGUUUCUCACCUGGGUGGUGGGGAGGAUAGCGACCCCAUUAACCAAGGGCCGGAGCAGGUUUGGGGAAGAGAGAGGUAAGCUUCCAGCUGUGACACUGCAGUACAAUUUCUCCCUCGUGUCCAGGGAUACGCUUUUAAACAAACACACUUCCUGGGGUUCAAAUCAACUUAAAUUAUCGUUCAGCAGAUUUGCCAAAGGAACAGACUCGCUCCCAAAUUCAUUUAAUUCAAUUCCCCAAAGCAUUUGGUGUAAGAAAAAUCUCAACCAAGGUCGGGGAACUUUGUCUCCUCAGAAAGGCCGAGGCCUUGAGCCCCAGAGGGCCCUGUUGUGCCAGCCCCAGGCUGCUGCGCUGCUGCCCAGGCCGGCGGCCGCCCGCGUCAGGCUGCUGUCCGGUGGGUGUGCGGCGCUGUUUACGGGAGGGACGGCCCCGCCCGGUGCAUCGAGGCACUUGACGAGCGGGCGCCCCGCAAAUGAAUGCCUGUCUGGGCUCUAGUUCCUGGUCCAAACAGUCAUGCGUCUACUGCCAAGGAAAAACGAACAAGGUAACUGAGCAGACAUUUCUCUUAAUUAUAUUUUUCCCCAAAAUACAACUCUUUAUUAAGCCAAAA